AUGGUCUGCUUACUUACAGCAGAAGAAUUGGUAAAAUGUUCCACAGAAGUAAAACUUGUUCAUUUAUUCUCUUAAAUGUGGUAUGAGUUUUGGAAUAGAAUUGUGCUUACUGAGAGAGGAAGAGGGGAGAAAGUAAACCUCAUCCAAGACAUUUAGAGCAUGGUUGGCCAGGGGCUUUUUAGAUGAGCAAUAUUUUAAGAAAGAAAAUACAUUUGUGAGUAAUAUGAAAGUUCUGAUUUUUUCGACAGACCAGUAUGAACCAAGAAAAGUUAUCAAAAUUAAAAAGUGGAGUUCAAAUAGGAGGAAAGGUGAGAUGUUUAUUCAGGUACAUCUACACUGUCAAGAAUCCAGACAUUACAAAAAUGAAAAACAAUUUAACAGUAGCAGCCAGAUAAGUUACUGGUGCUUCAGAAGCAAGUAGCUGGUUACAGUGCCAGCUGCUGGUGCUUCUGGAGAAAGGUGAGAUGUUUAUUUAGGUACAUCUACACUGUCAAGAAUCCAGACAUUACAAAAAUGAAAAACAAUUUAACAGUAGCAGCCAGAUAAGUUACUGGUGCUUCAGAAGCAAGUAGCUGGUUACAGUGCCGGCUACUGGUGCUUCUGGAGAAUCUAGGAAACCACCUUAUCCUGGCCACAUGGGAUGAGAAGGAAGAGGAAUUUUAAGAGGUGAUAUGAUGGUGUGAAAGAAGAGAUUUAAUUUUGAGAAUGUUAAAUUGAUCAUGCUACAAUGUAAAGCAUGACAAUCAGAAGGAAGCAGGGAGUUUGUCAGUUGGCACAUUGGUUAUUUUCUAUGUUCAGGUGCAGACUUACAGCACAGUUGAUUUUUUGUGUGUUGACAGCACUGAUGUAAUAUAGGCAAGACUGAUCAAAGGUACUAUAGUUUUGCAUACCGGGGAAAAAAAUAAAAGAAAGAAAGGCAGUGGGUCUCUCUGAUGUAGUUGCUUUGGCAGCUGAGCUAUUCUCCAAUGGCUUUUACCAAUAGGGAGAGAGCCUGAAGGUAGACUUAACACCCUGUUUCUGUCGUCAGAGCAAAACCUGGCUACGACAGCUUUCAACAUCAAUUUAUCCAUAUAAGCUGCAGGAAAAAAAAAAGUGCGUAACAUUUAAGUUAACUUUUUUAGGGCACACCCAGAAGAAAAAAGAAGAUAGUUCACAGAACAGCUGGAGCAGAUGAUAAGAAACUCCAGAACACCCUCAAGAAGCUUGCUGUGAACUCGAUUCCUGGAAUUGAAGAGGUAAAUUUUGAUUAAUUAUAAUGGUUGCCACAUGUAACAAGUAGCUUGUAGUACAUUCACCUUGCUUCUUUUAUGCAUCAACAAAGUUAGAUCAAUUUCAUUCUCAUUCUUGAUAUCACUGAUGGUCCAUUGCAAGUGAUAAGUUGGAUCAGGUAUGAGAAAAUUUUUUUUUUUUUUCAUCAGUUACAAUGUUCCAAUUACUUGUCCUUUGCAGGUAAACAUGAUUAAGGAUGAUGGGUUUGUCAUUCAUUUUACUAAUCCAAAAGGUAAUUAUCGGAAUUUAUUGAACUAACUCCUGAUAACUGGAAUCUUUCACUUUCUCAAAGUAACAAGGAUUCACACUGUGUGUCUUGCAUGCAUUAAGUGCAAUUUUACCCAAAUAUUUUAAAUCCUCUACAAUGGGAAACUCUUGCUAACUCAAUUUUACCCUUGGAGUUUUUUUUUCUUUUCUGGCUGUUGCUUUGUUUAACAGCAAAAGUGUUCAUUUGGUUUUUAACUCUCCUCUCUGUGUUACACCUUAAAUAUGCAUUGUCUGGAUGGCAGUUAAUCAUUUUUAUCCCACAAAAUUUGUCACUUAACCCUUCAACUCUAUGAAGUGAUAAACAUGUACAUGUAAUUUCUCCCUAUUAUAUCCUCACAUGUACAUACAUCAUCUAGCAAACAGGUACUCAAAUUUAUUGUGUAGAAUUUGUUAUCUUGAUGUAACACCAAAUUCUCACAACUAAUUUACAAGGAAAUGUGUAGUAACAAGAGGGAAGAAUAAGCAAUCCAUGUAACAUUGAAUUGUUGUACUUCUCCUAGUGCAAGCUUCCCUGCAGUCAAACACUUUUGCUGUGGUUGGUCAGUCUGAAACUAAAUGUGAGUAUAAUGACAGACUAAGUUUUUUAUUGUAUGUGCUUUACUUUUGCAAGACUAUGGGACUGAAUGUGAUGGGUGUAACACAAAACUGUUCUCGCCUACAAAUUUCCUUGAUCAAGUGAUGGAUUGUUCAUAAAAAAAAGUUAUGUGUGUAGUGAUGUUAUCAAAACAGUUCAUUAUUAUUAAUGUUACUUGCAGUAAAAUGUAUGUGUACACCAGCCAUAACAUGAAUUAUAAUCUUGUAUGACUAAUAUAAUUUUUUGUGCUUGUCUCUCAGCAAUUGCAGAAAUGCUUCCUGGAAUUUUGAAUCAGUUGGUAAGUACACUUGUAUCCUUGUACAUGUACUCCUUAGAGCUAGUCUUUGGUUAGACAAGGAGUAGUCCUUGCCACUUGGAAAAGUCUGUUUUGCAAGUGCAAAAAGAAUCAUUAUAAAAAAAAAAAAAAAGAUUUGUGCUCACUGCUUGGAACUCUGGAAGAGAGGUGCACCAACAUCAUUUCUUUUUUUACUCAUGUGACAGACCUUGCUGAAAUGGAGGGUGUGCUUGUAGUUUAGUCUUUUGUAAGCUUUUUAAAGUUUCUCUAGAGAAACAGAUACAGAUAUCAUACAAACAUACCUGUUUAAGUUUAAUACAUUACACCUGUCACUAAUCAUGGCUGAUUGUUAACUGUUUAACCCCUUUGGGUGGCUGGCUUCUAAUUUCUCCAUACAAUGUCACUCUUGAGUCAAAUACAAAGGUCAUGAGAAUAAAGGAAAUGAUCACCGUUAUAAAGAGGUCUUAAGUUUCAAAACAAAUUCUCCUUGUCAGUAUCAUCAGAAAUGCAAGGAGAACAGUCUGGAGUGUAUGAGUUCUACUGAUAGGGAGUCAAAGGUUACAAAAUGCACUAAUAUGAUUACUUUUCUCAUUACCAGAGUAGUGAAGGUCUGACCAAUUUGAGGAAGCUGGCAGAGAAAUUCCCAAGUGAGUUAAAGAUAUCUGAUAAGUAACUGCUUACAGUAUCUCUAAAGUGGAGGUGGCUAGUGAUAUUUACCCUGUGAUAUUUACCCAGUGGUAUUUACCCAGUGAUAUUUACCCAGUGAUAUUUACCCAGUGAUAUUUACCCAGUGAUAUUUACCCAGUGAUAUUUACCCAGUGAUAUUUACCCAGUGAUAUUUACCCAGUGAUAUUUACCCAGUGAUAUUUACCCAGUGAUAUUUACCCAGUGAUAUUUACCCAGUGAUAUUUACCCAGUGAACCACAAAGCACUGAGGUAACUAACCACCAAUAGAAACUGACACUGAUGUAAAUAGUUUUUUUAGUGUAUACUAAAAUAGUGAGAUAAUAUAGACCAAAAAGAUGAUGUUUAUUCAUUUAUUCCUGAAACAAUUAUGAUAUUUUGGGGUGCAAAUCCUGCCACGUUGCCUAGAGGUAAAUAGUAAAAGAUAUUCAGAGUUGUAGUAGCCAAUCAGAGCUUGCCUUCAACAUUAUCCACUGUUUUAGUGGGAGCUAAAAUAUUUUUGUUAACCCUUAAACUCCCAAGAUCUGGAUGUUAAGUCUCCCCUCUAGCUGCCACACAGUCAUUUCCAUGUAAAUUGGUUAUGAGAAUUUGAUGGGAGAUCAAAAGGACAACUUCAACCUGAUAAGUUUGAGUAUUCUCAUUACCAGAUUGGGUGAUAAUGUGUGAAUAUUACAGGGAGAAAUCACAUGUUAAUCACUUCUGGGAGCUAAAGGGUCAAGAGAUGAAGGGAAACACAAAAGCAGCAAUUGAUAAAAUCACCAUUAAAACAGGAUGCCUAUAUGUAGAGAAGAUUUAAACAGUUUGGGAAAAAAAAUGAUUUUACAACCUUCAUGUGGGUUGCAUUUCUAUAGAUGUAGAAACCAUGACUAGUGUAGGUAUCUCAAAUGUUGAAUCAUUUGCUGUUGUUAGAAUAAAAGUAUUCCUAUGGAGCACUGAAUAACAAACAACAAUUUCAAAUUAAACUGAAUGUUGGGCUUGUGUCUCUUUUGACUUGGAAUAGUUAGCCUUAAUAACUUACAUAUAGGUACUUUCGCAUGGAAAUCUUGACAGCUAUGUACUUGUAACUGAGUAGCUGUUUUGCUGUUUCACUUUUAGCAGCAACAGAUGGUGCACAUGUCCCAACUCAUACUGAGGAGGUUGACGAUGACGAUGUCCCAGGUGAGACAUUGCUCCUUUUUUCAUUUACUUUAUUGCAAACCAAUAAACUAAUAACCAGGGGAAAAAAAUUUUGAACCACCUGGCUGAGGGUUAGAGGGGUGAAAACUUCCCUCUUGCUGUACUCAGCUAUUUUCACCUUUGGCAUUCUUGAAUUUCUCUCAGGCUUCUGCCUAUUUCUUUUCACUCUUCAGAAUAUCUCUGGUUUGUAAUAGGGACUGGUUUUUCAACAAUCUUAGCAUUUCUGACAUUUAGAUAACCUUAACUUCUGCUGACCUCCUCCAGGUCAGUCUCACUGUGACGACUAAUUAUCACUCAGAUAACCAUGUUCUCUGAGCUAUCAAGACAUGAAAUGUAGGGCUGACAGGAGAGGGGAAUUGAUAUGAAGAUAUUAGGAGUUCAAAGGCUAACUGCAUUCUCUUACUCAUUGUGAUAUUCUUUUCAUCCACAGAGCUAGUUGAAAAUUUUGAUGAGCCCUCGAAGGCAGAGGGAGUCUAA